AUGGACGCUCUGCCUCGUGAGCUCUGGGACUUCAUCCUCUCAUUUCUCCACCAACCAAAUGAAGUGGCGCGAGCAGCGCUGGUGUGUCGUGAGCUCUACGCCAUCGUACUCGCCAACCCACACACCCACGCCUUGGUGGGCCUCCCGCGUUUCGACAAGAAGGAGAGCAGAAACGUCGAGCUGCAGCACCACGGCAGGCGGGCAACCAUCCGGCCCAAGCCCAAAAGCAGGACCUUCCUCUACCCGACCCCGGACCAUGACGCGGCCUACGUCCACGCCACCUACACCGACCCGGUCGGGCCGGGGCCAGACACGGCCGCCAAGCUGCUGCACUUCCUCAUCGACUGCGAUCCAAGCACGCUCAUGAGCGUGUCGGUGGUUUCUUCUGCGCUGGGCAAGGGGCCAGGCUCGGAGGUGACGAAGAAGAUCGCGACGAGCCUCUUCAGCGAUGGCGACAUGCACACCUACGGCAUGCCCGUCCUCCUCGACGGGAAAGCGCGCAAGGCAGCGCAGUUCGAACGAGGCGACAUCGUCAGCGUCCAGCUCGGCACGCGGUCCAACACCAACUCGCCCCAGAGCGGUCCCGGCUGGUCGCGGGCGAUCGAGGCCGCCGACCAGCUCAACGGUCUGUGGCAGCCCGCCGCCGUGGCCAGUGGCCAGCUGGACGUACACCCGUACGUGAUCUUCUUCAAGAACGGCCGCAUGGUCCACCACCCUGUGGUGUUCUCAAGCCUUCAGGCCGCGCAAGGGUCGCUGCGCGUGGGCGUCUUCUUCGCCAAGGCCGGCGAGCGGGUGCGCCUGGUGGCACCGCCCGCGGCCGUGGUUCGGCAGCUGCGCGAGGCGCGAACGCAGCUGCGCGGCCCUGUCGCCGCCGACAACGACCAACACCACAACACCAAACACGAACGCACUUGGCACUGA